AUGUCCUUUCAUCUACCCAGCCAAACUACACUCAAGCUUUUCAAAUGCUCGGACUUUCCUACGUCUGAAGCCCACUUCCAGCCUACAGAGCUCCUGGCCAUCGCUGUUGCAGUAGCGAAAUUCUUGGUCACAAGCCCCCCCAUUCCACAACCCUCUUUGUUUCUUGGCGAACAACGGUCGAGGUCAGACGAUAGUCUAUCGUGGGAGGAAGUUUAUCAGUUCCUUCAGAUCACAUAUAAGGUCAGAGAGAAGGAACUAGCCACAGGUAGCGGCAGCUUCCUACUUGAGGUGGGAGUGUUGACCAUUCGCCUUGACCGGAAAAGAGACGGAUUCGAUGACCGCUUCAGAGGGUUGUUAACACGAGCGCAACAGAUUCUAUUUAUCCGGGAUCCAAGCACGUCUACCGUGUAUAAAGCGCUAAUUAUGUCCAAAGCCCUGCCAAAAAUCCACUACUUGGUCUCAGAGUACCUCACCUACCAAGCCAGCUUUGUCAUCAAACCGGUUACAAUCUCGCCAGGGCUAAUUUCCAAAACCAUCGAUCAUGCUGUACGGUCCGCGCUACGAGUCGCUGCCGAUAGAAGCGUGUCAGGAACUUCGAGCGAGGCCGUCACACGCUCCGCGUCCUUCGUGCUAGGAAGCUUGGAAAUGGGGUUCGAUACAACAAAGAAGUUCAAGUCUGAGACUGGACUAACAGGUAACGAUUCGUUAACCAGUAUGUCUCUUGAUAUUCCGCUUCAAGACUUUGCGCAUUUCAUACAAAAUAGCCCGGAUCCCUCCACGGGCGAGGUGAGGACCCUGUUCACAUCAAAUAUCUACAGCCAUCUAAAAGCACAGACCGCAAUUAAUUUCACCGAUGGGGUGUUGCAGCCGCUGGAGAAUGGUUUGAUCCAAACUUCCGGCCUCGGCAUUUCCCAAGCCCGAUUUAGCGACAUUUAUAUGAUAUUUCAAUCCGGCAAGGUUAAGUUCUUUGGGCUCGAGUAUGAGUUGGAAUGGAGCGUCUUGGGGGCUAUCUUGGAAGGGGUUCUCCAAGGUUAG